UGUUUAAUUCUUCUUUUCUCUUUUUCUUUUUAUCAUUGGAAAAAGGGAUCUUAACAGCAUGCGGUUCUUUUACAAGUUACAUCCUCAUUCAUCUUUCUUUACAUUCCGUUCUACUUCUUUAUCGACUCAACGAUUUAUUACAACCACACGGUAUACAGGGAAAAAUACACGUACCUCAACUACUUCAGUCACCAACCAAACAUCAACCAAGACACCCACCAAAUCCAUUAUAGUAAAAGCGGCAGAUAGAAAAGAAUCCUUCCAUACCUCUUUAAGAAAUGAAGCAAACACGACAACAACAAAGAUAUCAUCUAACAGCAAAAAAAGCACAUUGAAUGACACGUCUGCCAAAGGCGUCGAUCCUGCACCUACAGCAACCAUUGUAGAAUCUAAUAUGCCAACUGUUCAAGAUAAGAGUUAUUUUCCAGCCACCGAUCAAUUCGAUCCUCAAUUAGCUGAAGAAGGUCUUGACAUUGAUAAUCAAUCACACAACUGGUCCACCUCGUUUUAUGGUCUCUCCACUGUCCCUUUUUCUCCUGACAUUGCCAACAUUUUACAACAAGAGGUGAAUCCUGAUGAUGUGGAAAUCAAGCCAGAUGGUUUACUGUAUCUACCUGAAAUUAAGUACCGACGCAUUUUGAACAAGGCUUUUGGCCCUGGUGGUUGGGGUUUAGCUCCUCGAGGUGAACAUUCGAUUUCUAGUAAAAAUAUCUCUAGAGAAUAUGCUUUGAUUUGUCAUGGUAGAUUUGUAUCUCAAGCUCGUGGCGAACAAGAUUUCUUUGAUACCACUGGUUUACCCACUGCAUCAGAAGGUUGUAAAAGUAAUGCGUUGAUGCGUUGUUGUAAGGAUUUGGGUAUCGCUUCGGAAUUAUGGGAUCCUGUCUUUAUUCGAAAAUUCAAAAAGAAAUACUGUGUAGAAGUCUGGACUGAACAUGUUACUACCAAACGCAAAAAGAAACUCUGGAGGAAAAAGGAUGAUUCUUUGGAGUAUCCUUAUAAAGAAACUGGUUUGGCUUGAUAGUUGAUCUUUUAGUAUAGUCCCUACUUUUUAAUAAACAAUCUCAUUAUAUACAUAUAUAUAUAUAUAUAUGUGUAUGUAUCAUUCAAAAUAGC